UACAAUAAUAAGUUUCGUAUGCAGCAUGGGGUACAAGAGGGGGUUAAGAUUCGGAACCUUUUUCACCGUGCUGAUCGUGCUCGCGGCGAUUUAUUAUCGUAACAACGAGAAUGUCCUGCAGAAACGAUUGUUGACCCUGUUGCACGGCCUCGAGAAACUGGAGAACAAGCACGUUAUCACUAGGAAGCCAAAAGUCGCUAUAGGUUAUGGCGUGUGCACUGACGUCUUCGUCGACGCGAAACACCUGUUAAAAUACUCGAACGAGGUCGGACGGCCUGAACACUUUGAUGAGAUCAACACCGAGCUCGAACUGCUCAAGAGCUUCGCCUAUUACUUUCGCCAUGGAGCUGCGGCCGAGCGUUACAUGGCGAACAGAACUUUAUUCGAUGAACUGGUUUCGAAGGCGCGUUCAUUUUCUUCGUCUUACUCGACAAUUGGAGGAAAUGCUGCAGUUAUGGGGAUGCGAUUCGCGCGAGAGGGAUGCGAUGUGACUCUUGCGGCUAAGCUGACCAAGUCAUUACAUCAGAUGAUUCCACAGAUGAUAAAUGUCGUAGGUGGCGAGGUAAAACGCGACGACAUUCACCUCAUUUUGGAAUAUAAGCAUGGCGAGGUGUGGGGUCCUUAUUCUAGCGCUAGAGCAAACAGAUAUAUUAUCCACAACGAUAUGAAUAAUCCAACGAUCAGCUCAUUCGAUGCCUUUGACAAAGUCCUGAGGACCUAUGAUCCCGAUUUACUAGUAGUCAGUGGCCUCCAAAUGAUGGACAAUUAUCCGUUUCAAGAAGAUAAACGGAAGAAUCUGCUGCUGAAAGUGAAGAAACAAAUGUUGGAACGGUCGAGUUCUACCAAAAUCCACUUUGAAAUGGCUUCAUUCGCCGAAGAUAAAUUGCUCUUCGAGCUGUGCGAUUUAGUGGUUCCGUUCGCCGAUAGUUUGGGAAUGAACGAGCAAGAAAUAGCGAAUUUGUAUAAUACUAUGUAUUACGGCAACAUUUCACUGGUCGCCGAUUCGACUCCGAGAGUUGCGACGGUGUUGGAUCAGAUGAGAACAUUAUUUAAACUCAUACGCUUAAGAGGCAAGUCGAUCACGGACGCUAGGGAGCUCACAAGGAUUCACGUGCACACGCUGGCGUACCAAGCUAUAUUCACCGUCAAGAAUUCCAUCUGGAAAAAUACAAUGGCCGCUGCGGCCAAGGCAUCGCUGACUGCACAUAGACAUGUAUGCGCAUCAAGUAACGUCGAUGUGAAGAAAGCGACGCUGAUCAUGGACGAUAGUUUCUCGACGUCUAUUGUUGACGGUACGCGAAUAUUAUUGAACAUCGACAAACCAGUAUCUUGUUGGGACGAAAUACUGAAAACGGAGCAGGAGAAUAUUUCUAUGCAGGUAUGUGUCGCACCCGUAUUGGUUUGCACAGAAGCUAGUCAGACGGCUGGUGGCGGGGACAAUAUUUCCAGCGCAGGCCUAGUACUUCAGAUCUGAAAUACAGAUUCAUCGGGUACAACGUGAUCGUUUAAGUAUACUGUAUUACGAAUCAUAUUCCUCCUUUCCCAUCGCGUAUACGUAAAUGCGCGAAUCAAAAUCUUAAAGUAGACCUUUACUCACGUCUGUAGCAUGCGGAAAUCAUGCAAACAAUUGACACUUAUUCCACAAUAGUUUUUACAUUCCACACGACUGGAAAUUAGAGACUGGACACACAUAUGACUUGUUAUACAUUAUUCAAGGAUGUAAAACACUAAUUAUAUUACAUAGAAUUAAAUAAUUAUAUGCACUUGUAUGUGCAUUUUAUCAUACUAUGAUACUCUGCCUAUUACAAUUAACAACAGCGAUUUUGGUACUAACGUCAAUGACUAUGAACAUUACAUUGUUACUCUCGCAUUUGUAAACUAAUUUUAAUCGAAAGAAGUUUAUAUAUAUUCCAGUAUUGUACACAAUUAUAUUAUAUAAGCUAAUUGUAGUACAUUGUGGUAGAUUAAAUGUUUUCAUAAAAAUACAAUUAAUAAGACGAUCAUUGUUGAAAUUUUUGAAAGUACUAAAAAUUCGGGAUGGAAAUGGAUAUUUAAUAAUUUAGUGGCAUGUGACAUGUAUUUCGAUAGUUUCAACAAUUACGCAUCAAUAGAGAUUCUUAGGUGCGAUAUAUUGUGACUUUAAAAAAAACGAAGGCGAUGUGAUAUUAUCUUAAGAAACCGAUUGUAAGAUUAACGUAAGAAUUUUAAAAGAAGAUCUAAAGAGAGUAACGAAGAGAUUGGAAGUAAUUAUUUAUAAAAAGAAUGUUUAAUUUCAAAAAAUGUUGUAUGUACCACCAAUAACUUUACAUUCCAAUAUUCAAGAGUCUCUAUUAGCGAAUUCAAUCCGCACUAGUGCAUACUAAAAGCUACUAUAUUUGAAGUAUCAAGAUUCAAUGGCAUAAUAUAAACAUGAUAAAAUUAUAUAUAUUUUAGUAAUUGCGAGUGUAACAAUUAUAUUAUUAUUUAAUUUUAAUUAUUCAAAAUUUUUAUGUUAUCUUUUUAUAUUUAAUUUAUAUUUUUAUAAGGUAACUUCAAAUGUAACAGUCUUUAAUGUGGUGUAGUGCGGUCAAUUCGUUUAUAUGAGUUUUGAUAUAAAAAUCUCAAUUGAAGUGUCAACAAAGUUUGUUUUAUGUUUGGAGUUGUAUUAUAUAUAUAUAGCGCAAACUUGAAAGUUACCAAUUUGCAAAUAUUAAAGAAUAAUAUUUAAUACAUAUU